ACCAAGUCUUCCGGAAAGCAAUAGAAGAAGAAAAAAGCAUAACAUUUAGAGGGCAAGUUUUAGUUUAACGCAAGAAAAGCAAACUAAAGACAAUGCUGUGGCAGACUUUUAGGCCAGGAAUAUCUCUGCUUUGUCGCAGAAGUCCAUAUUUAUGUGCAUCAAGACUGUACCAUGGUGAAGUUGUCGCAACAGUCGGUUCUCAACCUGACUCGCAAUCCCUGGAGUAUCAGGAAAACUAUGAGAGAAUGAAAGCCCUGGUUGAAGAGUUGAAGGACCGAUCAGAGAGAGUGAAGUUAGGUGGAGGGGAGAAGUCCAGAAAUUUGCACACGUCUCGGGGGAAGCUCUUGCCACGAGAACGCAUCGAUGGACUACUAGAUCCAGGAUCCCCAUUCUUGGAAUUCUCCCAGUUUGCUGGGUACCAGUUGUACGGGAAGGAAGAGGUCCCAGCUGGAGGAAUAAUCACAGGAAUUGGCCGUGUUUCUGGGGUUGAGUGUGUCAUUGUAGCUAAUGAUGCCACAGUCAAAGGGGGAACGUAUUACCCAGUAACGGUGAAGAAACACCUUCGCGCACAAGAAAUAGCCCAGCAAAAUCACCUCCCAUGCAUAUACUUAGUGGACUCUGGAGGGGCCAACCUACCCAGACAGGCAGAUGUCUUCCCAGAUAAAGAACACUUUGGACGCAUUUUCUACAACCAGGCACGACUUUCUGCAGAAGGAAUAUCUCAAAUUGCAGUUGUCAUGGGCUCCUGUACAGCCGGAGGUGCCUAUGUUCCGGCCAUGGCAGAUGAGAGCAUCAUUGUGCGGAAGCAAGGUACCAUUUUUCUGGGAGGACCUCCUUUGGUUAAAGCGGCGACCGGGGAAGAGGUGUCAGCUGAAGACCUUGGAGGGGCAGAUCUCCAUUGCAGAAAGUCUGGUGUAACAGACUACUAUGCUCUCGAUGAUAGCCAUGCACUCCAUUUGGCAAGGAAGGCUGUUAAAAAUAUAAACUACCAAAAGAAACUCGAGGUUUCUACGGUUGCUCCAGAGUUGCCCCUUUACCCAGCAGAUGAAUUGUAUGGCAUUGUCGGAGCAAACUUGAAGCGUAAUUUUGAUGUCAGAGAGGUCAUAUCCAGAAUAGUUGAUGGAAGCAAAUUUGACGAGUUCAAGGCCCUGUAUGGAGACACACUUGUCACAGGGUUUGCAAGAAUAUUCGGUUACCCUGUUGGAAUCAUUGGCAACAACGGAGUCCUGUUCUCAGAAUCUGCCAAGAAAGGAACACAUUUCAUAGAAUUAUGCUGUCAAAGGAACAUUCCCCUGCUUUUUCUCCAAAAUAUAACUGGCUUCAUGGUCGGGAGGGAAUAUGAAGCAGGGGGAAUUGCCAAAGACGGAGCCAAGAUGGUGACUGCAGUUGCCUGUGCCAAUGUUCCCAAAAUUACCGUCAUCAUUGGAGGCUCGUACGGCGCGGGCAACUAUGGCAUGUGUGGAAGAGCCUACAGCCCAAGAUUCCUGUACAUGUGGCCUAACUCCCGGAUCUCUGUGAUGGGUGGAGAGCAGGCUGCCACAGUCCUCGCCACCAUCACUAAGGAUCAGAGAACAAGAGAAGGCAAAGAGUUUACAGCAGAGCAAGAAGCAGCCAUGAAAGAGCCAAUCGUGAGGCGAUUUGAAGAGGAGGGUAGUCCAUACUUCUCCAGUGCCAGGCUGUGGGAUGAUGGGAUUAUUGACCCUGCGGACACACGGAUGGUUCUGGGAUUGAGCCUUAGUGCUGCACUGAACGCACCAGUGCAGAGGACUCGAUUUGGAGUGUUCAGGAUGUAAUAAUCCAGCUAAAUACAGAAUCAAAUGGCAUAUUUCAUUUAUGCUAAUUUAGGAUUGUACAUAAAUAAUAUGUACUGUGUAUAAAUAACUUAGCUUUCAAUAACUUGAAAAAAAAAAAAAAAAAAAUCAGUAAUUCGAAUUUUGGGAAGUUGAUUUAUUCAAAUAUUUUGUUUGCUAAAUGUUUUUGAAUGUUUAAUACCGUUUCUUUUUCAUUGACUUUUUAAACUAAUGACUGUACUCAGCGUGAAUAUGUUCUCAAAAUACAGUUCAAUAAAUAAUGUUACAGGUUAAUGCAACCAA